GUAUGUUGUCGAGCAGCAAGGAGCGUCACCGGCUGGAGGAGCAGGAGCUGCUCCGCAAGAGACUCAAUCCACAAAAGAAGAAGAGAACAACAAGGACGACCAGUAAACAACAACAAGUAAACAACAACAGGGAGUAAGGAAGAAGCAGUGACCCGGAUGAGGCCGUGAAGCUGCGGAUCACUUUGUUUUCUUCACACAGACUCAAACAGCUGCUCCAGCUGCCAGUCAACCUGGAUCCGGCCCCGCCCCCUCAGCAGGAUGGAGGGAAGCGGCUCGGCAGGAAAUCCCAGCGCUGCCUCGUCUCGCUCACUUCCUGCCCUCGCUGACAAGGCAACGCUGCAACCAGAUGGCCAGGGAUCCGAGUCUGAGGAUGAAGACGAGGAGAGACNCUAUGGAAGUGAUGCUGAUCAGGACGGUGUUUGUGCUGAGAAGAUGAACUGUGUCCUGAUGAUCCAGAGGUUGAAGCAGCAGCAGCUGGUGUGUAGAGACUCUGACUGGACCAUGUUACUGGGAGAGAAACCAGACCAACCAAAUCUCACCAAACAAACAAACCACCAAGAUUCUGGGACAGAGAAGCUGAAAGCAGAAUACUUUCCUGCAACAAAAGAAGUAAACACAGGAGAUUCAACUUUUUCAGAAGAUAAACCAAGUCCAGCUCAACCAGAACCAGAAAAUAUCUCUCCAACUAAACCAGAUCAAACUAAACUAGAUCCUCUUACUGCAGAGCAACAACAAUUGGACAGUUCUCCCCUGAGAGAUAAACUUCCUUUUCCAAAACCACUAACACCAGAUCCUCUUUGUACAGACCAGAUAGAACCAGGAGAUCCUCUUGGACCAAAAAAUGAACAAGAACUAAGUCACUCCCAGGAUUACCCAAACCAGAGGGACCUGUGUCUUCCUGACCAAAAGCCUGAAGAGGUUCCUCUUCCAGCUCCUUCAAAAGAUUUAACUGCUCUCAGUCCAACACUUGAAAAACAAAUCCUGAAGGAGCUCGAGCAGGCUGGUACUUUUGCAGACCUGCAGAACCACGUGUGUCCUCCCACCGAAUCGUUGGCCCUGGCACCGCCGACUCCAUCCCUAACCAUUGAGGAGUUCUGUGACCAAGUAUGGCCCCACCUGGCGGUUUCUUCCACAGGUGAGCCCAAACUCUGUGGGUAUCUGCAGAAGCAGGGGGGGCCGCUGAAGGCCUGGAAGCAGCGCUGGUUCACAUACGAGGAGAAGAAGAACCAGCUCUUCUACUACCGCACGCCGCAGGAUGUGAUGCCGCUCGGCCGGGUGGAGCUCAGCAGUGCCACCUUCACCUACCCGCUGAAGGCAGAGAAGGGCACCUUCCACAUCAAGACACCUGAACGCACCUUUAUACUCAAGGCCGUGACCCAGGAGCUGAUGCUGUACUGGCUGCAGCAGCUGCAGGUGAAGCGCUGGCAGCACAGACAGACCAGCUCUGACCCAACAAACAACAACAACAACACUGCAGAUGACUUCCUGCCGGUGCUGAAGAGUCCGUUGGGUCUGGUGGGGGAGGAGGCGGCCAACCUGACGACACAACGGACGCCGCUCGCGAACAUGUCCAUCAAACAUCCGCUCAUCGAGAUACAAAACUCCGUCCACAGUCUGAGAAAGAGAACGUCUCAGGAGUGGAGCCAGAGUGUGUUUCAUGUUGAAGCGCCGCCGUGGAUUCCCCCAAAUGCUGCAGAAACCAGCAACGCGGCCAGUACACAAGCACCUUCGGCUGCCGGUCCUCCCACCGAGCCACUGGCCCCGCCCCCUGCCCUCCCAUUGGCCGAUCCAGCGGCUCAGGUGUGUCCGGCGGAGGGUAGGGAGUCCCCGUCACUGUUGGACAGUCGCAGCAGGAGGACAAAAGCUCGCAGCACGUCCACCAUGGCGGUCCUCCGCAGAGACACAAGAUCCUCCUCCUCCGAGCGGUCGACCCGUCUGCAGCAGGACAAACAGAUGCUGAUGGAGGAGGUCAAAGCUCAGAAGGAGCUGGUCUGGAUCCUCCACAAAGCUCUGGAGGCGGCUCAGCUGGAGAAGCGAACCUGUGCGGAGUUCUUGGCAGAGGAGGGUGAGCAGAAGCGCCUGGAGCUGCUGCGCCACCGCGAGCGCCAGGCGGCUGACCUGCGGGGCCGUCUGGAGGAGGCCAAGAUGGAGGCAGAGGCGGCGAGGAGCAGCCUGGCUCAGAGAGAUGUACAGCUGGCUGAGCUGCAGGACAACGUCCGGAUGCUGAGGGAGAAGAACAACGCCAAGCAGGAGGUGAUCAUAAAGCUGUCUGAUCAGUUGACCGCCUGUCUGUCCAACCCGCGGCGCUCCGACUCACCGUCCAGCGGCACUCUGGACUCUCAGCCUUCCAAACAGCUUCAGCAGGAGAUGAACAACCUCAAGGACGACAUCGAGGCCUACAAGACUCAGAACAAAUUCCUGAACUCGGAGAUCUACCAGCUGACAAAACUGUGGAGGAAAAGCUCCGAGCAGGAGAAGAGCCUGCUGGUGAAGUGUGCGUACUUGGAGGCUACCAACUGUCAGGUCCAGAGCCAAUACCUGGGCGUCCUGCGGAAGCUGCAGGAGACCAAAUCUCUGGAUCCUGUGCAGCGAGAGGCCGUGCAGAAGAUGAUCGAGGACGCUCUGAGAGGAGAGCUAAAGAGCGAGCUCAGUGCAGACAGGGAUCACGAUGAGUACGGCUUCAAGAUCAUCCCAGACUAUGAGGUGGAGGACAUGCAGCUGCUGGCGAAGAUCCAGGCGCUGGAGAUCCGCUCCCACAAUCUGCUGCACCAGAACGCCGCGGAGCGCCCCCUGCUGAGCCGCUGGGCUCAGUACCUGGCCGGGAGGUCAGAACACGACCUCUGUCCGUCACCGGAGCUCAAAGCUCUGCUGCGAGGAGGCGUCCCUCGGGAGUACCGGCAGAGAGUGUGGCGCUGGGUGGUCCGAGCCAGAACCAGGUCCAUCAGAGAGCACCACCCACAGCGCUACCAGCAGCUGUGUGAGAAGAGCAGGACGUCCCCUCACUCGGCUUCCAGACAGAUCCAGCUGGACCUCCACCGGACCCUGACAACCAACCAGCACUUCUCCUCACCGUCCAGCCCCGUCCUCCAACAGCUCCGCCGCGUCCUAUUGGCCUUCUCCUGGCAGAACCCCGUCAUCGGCUACUGCCAGGGACUGAACAGGCUGGCGGCCAUUGCUCUGCUGGUCCUCCAGAGUGAGGAGGACGCCUUCUGGUGUCUGGUGGCCGUUGUGGAAGCCAUCAUGCCUCAGGACUACUACACCAAGAACCUGGUGGCCUCUCAGGCGGACCAGCGGGUGCUGAAGGACUUCAUGGUGGAGAAGCUUCCCCGGCUGGCGGCUCACUUCGAGGAUCACAACAUCGACGUGUCGCUCAUCACCUUCAACUGGUUCCUGGUGGUGUUUGUGGAGAGUCUGCCGAGCGACAUCCUGCUGCCGCUGUGGGACGCUUUUCUGUACGAGGGCACAAAGGUGAUCUUCAGAUACGCUCUGGCUCUGUUCAAAUACAAAGAGAACGACAUCCUCAAGAUCCAUGACAGCGUUGAGAUCUACCAGUACCUGCGUUUCUUCACAAAGACCAUCUCCGACAGCAGGAGGCUGACGAGCAUCGCCUUCAGCGACAUGAACCCGUUCCCCCGCCGCCUGCUCAGAAACCGCCGCGCGCUUCACCUGGAGCGCCUGCAGGGGGAGCUACGCGAACUGGAGGAGCAGCAGCGGGAGUUCGUUACGGAGAGCGCCGAACGCAAAGACAAGGAGCUGGACAUCGCAGCGAGCGAAGACGACGACGAACUCUGACCCCAUAGGACGGUUUGACUGAAGCCUCCAGCACGUAGCUCAGCUCAGAUGAUCCAGUUUAGAUUAACGAGUUUAUAUAAAUACGUUGGUUUGUAUGAGCAGGUGAGUUCAUUUAAAUGAAACUACAUGUAAACUCAUCCAACUCAUAUAAACUAGUUUAUAUUACUGUAAAGGUUAAUAUGAAUGAGUGAGGAUAUAUGAACGAGUUUAUAUGAAUAACUAGGUUUAUAUGAACAAGUGAGUUUAUUUAAACAAGUUUACAUGAACAUGUUUUAAUGAAUGAGUUUAUAGGAACCAGUGAGUUUAUAUGAAUAUGUUUAUAGAUACAAGUUUAUAUGAACAUUUGAAAUCAUUCAUAUAAACUUAAAACAAGCUUA